GGUUACUUCCGGUCCGGGUGGUACGGCUUCUCCGGUGGGGAGGGGUUUUCAGGUCCGGACCCUACAGGUUUUUCCUUGUAUCCUAUCUGCGGGACCUCGAAGUGGAGGGGGGGCCCAGCCCCGCCACCUUUCGGGCCCGCUCCUCUUCCCCACAGUCUCCUGGCGGAGGUUAGAGGAUUUCAAAUAUUCAAACCUGGUAUGAGCUCUCAGAAAUAGUGAAGAGAACUGUGGGUCCUGAACACAUCUGAACAUCAAGGAAGAUGAAGGAAGAGAGCAUGAGAAAGUAACUGCACAGUGAACUAGAGUUUUUGCUGAAUACCCAGAAAAGAGUUGAGGUCAGAUGAUGGCAUCCAAGUUCAUGCCAGCUGAGCCAAAGGCCCUUGUGACAUUUGUGGAUGUAGCUGUGAAUCUCACCCAGGAGGAGUGGCAUCUUUUGGGCCCUGAUCAGAGGAGUCUGUACAGGGAUGUGAUGCUGGAGAAUUAUGGCAACAUUGUUUCACUGGGAUUUCAAGUGACUAAGCCUGAUAUGAUAUGUCAGCUGGAACGAGGGGAAGAGCCAUGGGUCCUGGAUGCACAAGGAGAUGAAGAGAAAAAGGUCUUAAAAGGUGACUGCUUAGUUUCAGAUUGUGAAACCCAGACCGAGAGUGAGGAGUUGUCUCCAAAGCAAGAAAUUUCUGAUGAGAUGAAGUGCCAGAAUCUGAUAUUGCACAGACUUAGAGGACUUGUGCCUCAGGAACCCAUAUUUGGAGAAGCUGUUGAAAAUGAGGACAAGUUAAAGGAAAUGUGGGAAUCUUCUGCAGGGAGGAACCUGAGGACAUUCCUUUCCCAGAAGAAAGGCUUCAAACCAAUGCCAGUAAUUCAUGAAAAAUCCCUCAUACUGGAAAGAGAUCAGGAAUGUAAUGAAUAUGGGGAAAAUCUCAGUUUGAGUAUGAGCCCUGUAAGAUAUCAAAGGGUUUCUUCACAAGGGAAACCCCAGCAAUUUGAUGAAAUGAACCAGAUAUUUGAACAAAAUUCAGAUCUAAUUACAUAUCAGAAAGAACAAACAGAAGAAAAGCCCUAUAAAGCUAAAGUAUAUUGGAAAGCAUUUACUCAGAAUUCAAACCUCAUUGAACUUCAGAGAAUUCAUACCAGAGAGGAAUCCAAUGAGUGUGAUGCCAGUGAAGAAACUUUCAACCAGACAUCAGUCCUCAUCAAGAAGGAAAAAUUGUUCAAUGGAGAAAAACCCUGUGAAUUUAAUGAAUGUGCAAAUACUUUUAACACACAGAUAUCUCUUAUUCAAAACCAUAAGAUCCCUACUUUAGAGAAACCUUAUCAGUGUACAGAAUGUGGGAAAUCCUUUAGCUUAAAAGGAAAUCUUAUUCGACAUCAGAGACUUCAUACUGGAGAGAGACCAUUUGAGUGUAAUGAAUGUGGAAGUGCCUUCAGUUUGAAGGGAAAUCUUAUUCGACAUCAGAGACUUCACACAGGUGAGAAACCAUUUGAAUGUACUGAAUGUGGGAAAGCCUUUACUCGGAGCACUGCUUUUAUUCUUCAUCAAAGACUUCACACUGGUGAGAAACCCUAUGAGUGUACUGAAUGUGGGAAGGCUUUCAGCCAGGAAGGUAACCUUAUCCAACAUAAGCGAUUUCACACUGGUGAAAAACCCUACCAGUGCAAUGAAUGUGGAAAAGCCUGUAGUGAUCGAACAUCCCUUAUUCAUCAUCAGAGAAUUCACACUGGAGAGAAACCUUAUUUGUGUAAUGAAUGUGGAAAAUGCUUCAGCCAGAGUUCCAUCCUAAUUAAGCAUCAGAAAAUUCACACAGGGGAAAAGCCCUAUGAGUGUAAUGAAUGUGGAAAGGCCUUUAUUCUAAAAUCUUGCCUUUUUAGACAUCAAAGAAUUCAUACUGGAGAGAAACCAUAUCAAUGUAAUGAAUGUGGAAAAGCCUGUAGUGACCGAACAUCACUUAUUCAUCAUCAGAGAAUUCACACUGGAGAAAAACCUUAUGUGUGUAAUGAAUGUGGGAAAGCUUUCAGCCAGAGUUCAAGCCUCAUUACACACCAGAGAAUUCACACUGGAGAAAAACCUUAUGAGUGUAAUCAAUGUGGAAAAACCUUUAGUGCAUCUUCAAACCUUAUUCAACAUCAAAGAAUCCACUCUGGAGAAAAACCUUAUGAAUGCAUAAAAUGUGAGAAAACUUUCAUUUUGAAGUCUUACCUCAUUAGACACCAGAGAAUUCACUCUGGAGAUACCUUGUGAAGGAAAACACCUUUAUAGAGAGGCUUCAGUACACAUUUCUUCCGUUUCUAAGCUUCAAUAAAUUGGCACAUUGGCAACAAACCAUAUAUAUGGUUGUAAAAGAACCACAGAACUUUUAUCAUAAUAAUGAUUGUGAUCAAGUCUCUAUCCAGCACUUCAAUCUUAUUCACCAUUAGAAAAAUUACUCUGAAGAGGAAAAAGUCUAUGAUAUACUUUUAGUAACAGCAUUUGCUUUACAAAUUAAGCUCUUAUAAGGAAGGUCCUUUUGCUUUUCUAAAAUGUUGUCUAUGUGAUUUAAGUAUGCUGCAAUUGAUAGUAAUAUGGUUUCUGCCAUAGGAACUAAACUUAAAGGGUUUACAUCCUGGUAACCUUGGCUCUUCCAAGAGGGUUUUUUUUUUUACCUUCUCAAACACUACAACAUUACAUGUAUGAUUGAUGUUUUCUGCCACUGAAUGAUUGUACCGUGCUGGUAGACAUAAAUUUGAACUACAGGCUUCACAUUUAUGAAAGUUCUUAAGUUUCAAAGGGUAGCCUUCUGGUCCAAUUCUCACAUUCUUUUCAGCAUGAAUUUCAACAUUGUUUUAUAUUUUGAAAAACCUUUAUUAACUAAGGUAAAUUAGGGAAACACUAUAUCUAACUGAACCCAGUAUUUUAAAGAACAUUUGUUAACCCCUUUUCUAGAUUUCAAUUAGAUAGCUUUCUUCCUUAGUUAAUUGUUCUUUGUCUUUUAUCCUUGCAUAUGGCCACAAGGGGAAAGAUGUGACAUUUUUCAAUAACGUCAUGAAGACAACAGUUUAUUCUGCUAAAUUGUUUGUGUGUGUUAUUCUGUUGUAUCAGAUGUUCAUUUAACUAUUUUGGCAAUUUGUAUUUGAAGUUAUUUGCAGUAGUGCCAACACAUGAAAGAAUUACUUAACUUUGUAUCAGAUGACCCUUACAAUUCUUCAACUUUGUGAGCCUCAUUUAUUGUUGUAGGUCAAGAACUUCUUUCAGCUGCCAGAAGACAUUCAGGAAAGAAAUUCAGUGUCUUUCUUCCUCUCUUUAGCUCUAAGAUCUUUUCUUUCAUUCCAUGAGGCAUUUGAAGUACUAUCAAGAGAGGAAAAUGGAGUCCUAUGAUUCAGGUUUGUAAAUAGAAGAUAUUUAAGCAGUUUUCUUUUUUUUUCCUCAGAUUCUCAUUCUCUUGUUCCCACCUGCCAACAAACUAAGUUGUUAGGGAAGCUGAUCAAUUUGUCCAAAAGCCAAUUAGCCUAAUAACUAAUCUGCCUAAAACCAUGUUUUCUUCUAUGUUACCAUAUGUUCCUUCCUAGUCUUACCUCAACCUAUCAGAUCAAUGUACCCAAAGCCAUUUUGCCUAAAACCAGUUAGCCUAAUGCCAGUUUGCUUAAUGACCUAUCCACCUAAACCUAUUAAGCAUAUUUUGGCAUAUUGUGUGUGUAUGUGUGUGUGAAGUGUGGUUUUAGCCUCCAUAAGCAUUUUUUGCUUCCUUUUUGUCUCACUUCAUUUUGAGCACUUUAAAGAUUUGUUAGCAAUGCCAAGGAUACUCCUGACUAAAUCAAAUAUUUAUCAAAUUUACAACUUUUCAAAUAGUACAGAAUGGUCUUUAUUUGACCGCAUAUUUUAAAAUCAGCUGGAAUCAGGAAUUCAGAUUAAGGGAAAAUCUUCGAUCUUUAUUCUUUGUGGAGGUGAAGGGGGAUGAUGAUAGCAAUGUGAACAGCCGCCACACGAACCCGGCCAGCAGCAGGUAUCAUCUUUCAAACUAAGGAUGAAGAGAUAUAAUGGAUAUAUUAAAGAUUUUGAAGAUUAGCUAUACCACUCUUUUAUCUUAGGCAGAAAUCCCUACAAAAAUAUCAAAUGUUCCAUCAACCUUUACUUGAAGAUCUCCAGGGGCCAUAAACCUCUCAAAGGAAAUUUGGAAGUUUUGCCUUAUAUUGAACUGAAAUAUUUGUAACUUUGGGGCCAAGCAAAAUACAUUUUAUCUUUCCUCUAACCACCAAUGUUUCAAAUUCUUGAAGAUAGUCAUUAUAUUCCUUGCCAAGUCUUGUUUUUCAGGCUCACCAUCUCUAGUUAGCUAAAUAGAUAUAGUACCUCCACCAUCCUGGUUGUCUUUCCUCUGUGCUCCAGCUUGCUGAUGCUCUUCCUAAAUAUGGUGCCCAGACUUGAACACAACAGAGUGGCUUUUCUAGGGGUAUAUGUUCUGGGGCACAAACUAAAUCUAGUUUUUCCAGCUAUUAUGUCACACUGUUGACACAUACUGAGCUUGCAAUUUACCAUAAGCUCUUUUUUUCUUUUCCAUGUGAUCUUUGUACUGUGUCUCCCAUAUCUUGUAUUAUGCACUUGAUUUCUUUUCAUCUAUGUAAAGCUUUAGUCAGUUUAAUUCUGUUACAUGUGCUUCAUUUUCCCAAUCUAUAGAAAUUUUUAUGAUAAGGAUUCUGUUACUGGAUGAAUUAUCUUACCGUCACAGCUUUAAAAUACAAAGAUAACUGUGCUAACUCUACAUUCAUUCAAGUAAUUAAAAUAUUAAAUUCAACUUAAUGAAAGAAAGAAUCCUAUUGUAUUCCAUGAGUCACCUCCCUUGAAAGUCAUUAAUAAGGUCUGGAAAGAACUUUAAAGUUCAUCUACCCAAUCCCUGUAUGUUAUAUAGAAAACCCAGAGAGAUUAAUGUAAUUUGUCAAAGUCACAUAGAGGUUGAUGUCACUCUUUGACUUCUGUCAUUCAUCCUCUUCUAAACCCAUCUGAUUUUGUUACUGUUCAGUGUUCUUAUCUUGAUAACAAGACUACUGUGAAAAGCAUUUUUAUAUACCUUAUUGAAUUACAGGUUAUAAGGGUUAUGGCAUUUCUUUGAUUUAUCAAUCUAAUGACCCUAUCAAAAGAAAAAGAAAUUGUUGGCCUGACAUGUUCAGCUCUUUAUAUCCUGAUUUCUAAUUCAUUGCCAACCAUUUUUCCCCUGGCCUUUCAUUCUAAAAUACAUUCUGCAUGAUUGAGAAAAUUGAAGAUGAAUAAUCAUACCCUCUCUUUAUAGUCAUUAUCUUUCCAUUUGUCUCAAAGAGUACUCAUAUCUUUUUCUUCUUGCCUCUAGCAUAAUUUUUUCUUAGUAUUUAUCCCAAGACUUUGUUCUAGGUUCUAAUUAUCCUUGACUAUAGUUUACAUCUUUUUUUGUCAUCUCCAGUCAUCUAUCUUUUCCAUGUUUUAUUCAUGCCUUUUUAAAAUCUAAGUUCAACAACAAGCUUCUUAUCCUUCCACAUAAUUAAAGGGAGAGAAUAGGGCAGACUGGUUUCCCCUAUCUUGUCCAGGCUGAAAAUGCAAUUGCCCCUCAGUAUCCUAUCCCACUAUUGAUUGGAAAAGGAUCCAUUAUGUUUACAACCUAGUUGUUUAGUCAGCCUCCUGGUACAACACUCCAGCAGUUUCACCAUAUUGGAGCCAGACUUAAUGUGCACACCAGAUCAGAUUUAGUCCUACUAAUAGAAAAUGCUUAAGCUUAGUUAGUCCACCAGUCUCAGCCUCCUCGGGAGCAAGGAUUACAGUGCAGUCACCACACUUAAACAAAUGAAUUUCUUAAGAUAUCAAGGAUUUUAUCUUGGGUUCCUGAACGAUAAGCUCCUCAGAAACUAUGCAAUUAAUAUUGCCCAAAGUUCCUUCCUUCACUAAUUUAUAAAGUGAUAUUUAAAGCACAACCAACUUAAGAAGACCUCUUAAUCACAGUCUGGUUUCUACGGUCCAGAAAUUUUAAGUUAUCCAAUUCUUAAAUACCUCCUUCCUUUCUGUCAUUUCUAUUGUACCCAAAUAACUGAUCUGAAAUGCCCAUUCCUUUCCUUUAUUGAUCCCAUCACUAAUGCCAGGUAAGAGUUUAAUCAAAGCUUCUUUAGUGGCCUGGCCUUUUCAACACCUGAUUUAUAUACAUUCUUUCCUCCCCAUUUCCUGCCAUCAUCCUUCAAAACUUUCAUAUUUGUCUCAGUAUCUCAUCUAACAUCCCACAGUCCAUUCAAUAGAUCUUUUCCCUCUUUGUCAUUGUCCCUUAUCAUCCACACAAACUUCAGCUGCUGAUAGGCUUCUAUUACUACUCCAAAUCAUAGAAUGUUAGAGAUGAAAAGAUCUUAGACACAGAUUUAGAAUCAGAGUUCUUAAACUUUUAUAUGAUUUGGUCCCCUUUGUAUGUUGAAGCCUGGAGACCCUUUCUCAGAAUAAUGUUUUUAAAUGAGUAAAAUGAAAUAUAUAGAAUUACAAAGGAAAUCAAUAAUAUUAAAAUACAGUUUUCAACAGUUAUGCAAUUUCAUAGAUGCCCUAAAAAACUAUUCAGUGGGCUCUUUCUAGGUCUCUGGAUCUCAGGUUAAGAUCUCCUCUUUAGAAAAUCCAGUCAACUUUGCAAGAAAGAAAACAGUCCCAAGAAAUGGUGUAAUUUGCCCCAAAGUUACACUAAUCAGUGGCAAAGAGUAAGAAUCUUUUAGGGCAGUGACUGUUUUAUCCUUGUAUCCCUAGCAUUUGUCAUAAGGACUUUGCACAUAAGAAGUGAAUUUAAGUUGACCCCUAGUCUUCAUAUGCUCUAGUUUACUGAACUUUCUUCUAAAUCACAGCUGCCUUUAUUUUGAACUAGUGAGAAGUCUCUAAUUUCAAGCACCGAUUAUAUGCCAGGUACUGUACUAAACACUGGGAAAACAAAAGAUGAUUUAAAAAAAAAAAAAAAAAAACAGAUUGCCCUUAAGAAGUCCCAC